UGGAUAGUGGGGGGGAGGGGAGUUAUUCCCCUCACGUUAGUUUCUCAUUUGUUGUUUUCUGUAUAUGAUACAAAGGUGUUGGUGAAUCUCUCUCUUAAGAUUAGUUUUCAAUGUAGAAUUUCUCAUACCAAAAUGGUUAUUCUUCCUCAUUUUCUCAAAUUCCAAAACCAAAAAGGAUCCCACAAUCCCUAUUUCUUAUCGGAGACAUAGCAGGGAGAUCUGCUGGUGGUUUUCUGUCUUUCAUCUUGGAGGUUCAUGCUGAGGAGACUCGUGGAGGUUCUUGAAGAAUUGGUUUUCAACGAGUGUUCUAAGCAUGCAGGAUAUCAUAAACAAGGACAAGAGCAAUUUAGUGGAGCAGCUCAGCCUAGUAACGAGGUUAGUGACCUUAGAGGUCAGCUUUCUAAGUUAACUUCUUUGGUUAGUCAAAUGGUUACAAGGAGAUCGCAACGAGUGCAAGCAUGUAGGAUUUCCUCGUUCAUGAGCCAUCCUGAGCAAGCAUGCCCAAGGUUGCAGUGGAGCUUGAUCCCACGAGACUACUCUAUGGGAGGGUUUCCUAGUCAUUUGGGUGAUGAUUUCUGCCGGUCUAGAUAGGAGGAGUUCUUCCGUUACAGGAACCAAGGAUGCAACUGCAACUACUAUGACCCGGACUUACCAUUGUAGCUACAUCAUUAUAGUAGUUGUUGUAUAGUUCGAUAUUAUAAAUUUCAUUUAAAUAGUAGAGGUUUGCAAGCAACAGUAAAUCCCCUACUAUCAACUUUUAUCUUUGUUCUUCCAUACAUAUGUUUUUUACUAUCAACUUUUAUCUUUGUUCUUCCA